UAUUCUCCAUGUGCUUAAAGAAUCCUGGCUAACUUUGGGAAUACAGGCAGAGAGUUUCUGGGAAAUGGAUCUCUUACCAAGUUCAUCCUUUUUCAAAGCAAUUUGAUAUGUUGGGCUCUUGAACCCUCUUGGUUUCCUUUUGAAAGCUUCUGCAUCGGCAGGAGAAAUUCCAUGGAGUUGGACUAAAAGAAACUUUUGGGAUGCCUCUAUUUGGAUUAAAAUUUGGAAAGAAGAAAUUGAAAGAGGAAGAGAGACAACUUCAAGCAAACAACCGGGACUUCAAUCUACAGUUUGAAUAUGCGAGCAAUUCAAUUAAAACUUCAAAAUACAACUUCUUCACUUUCCUGCCUCUCAACCUGUUUGAGCAGUUUCAGCGAAUAGCCAAUGCUUAUUUUCUUUUCCUGCUGAUUUUGCAGCUGAUUCCUCAGAUUUCCUCAUUGUCCUGGUUUACGACAGUGGUGCCCCUGGUGCUGGUGCUGACUGUAUCAGGAGUCAAGGAUGCCAUCGAUGAUUUCAAUCGACACAGAAGUGACAACCAUGUCAACAACCGCCCCGUCCAGGUGCUGAUCAAUGGCAUGUUGAAGGAUGAAAAAUGGAUGAAUGUCCAAGUGGGGGAUAUAAUAAAACUAGAAAACAACAACUUUGUGACAGCCGAUCUACUGCUACUGUCGAGCAGUGAGCCACACAGUCUGACAUACAUCGAGACAGCUGAACUGGAUGGUGAAACAAACCUCAAGGUGAAGCAGGCACUGACAGUCACUUCAGAUCUUGGAGAAGACCUUCAGAAACUGACAGAAUUCAAUGGUGAAGUCAGAUGUGAGGCACCAAAUAACAAAUUAGAUAGGUUCGCAGGAACUCUUACUCUUCAAGGAGAGAAGUAUGCCCUGGACAAUGAGAAGAUGCUCUUGAGAGGCUGUACUAUUAGGAACACAGAGUGGUGCUUUGGUCUCGUUAUUUAUGCUGGGCCAGACACCAAGCUCAUGCAGAACAGCGGGAAAACGACUUUUAAACGGACCAGCAUCGAUCGACUUAUGAAUGUGCUUGUGUUAGUGAUCUUUGCAUUUUUAGCACUCAUGUGUCUUAUCCUAGCCAUUGGCAAUGGCAUCUGGGAACAUGAUAAGGGCUACUACUUCCAAGUCUAUCUGCCCUGGGCAGAAGGUGUCACUUCUGCCCCCUACUCUGCCUUCCUCAUGUUCUGGUCGUACGUGAUCAUUCUAAACACGGUGGUGCCAAUUUCGCUCUAUGUCAGUGUAGAGAUUAUACGCUUGGGCAACAGCUUCUACAUUGACUGGGAUCGAAAAAUGUAUUACCCAGUGAACGACACCCCAGCCCAGGCCCGUACCACCACUCUCAAUGAAGAGCUGGGGCAAAUCAAGUAUAUCUUCUCAGACAAAACAGGAACUCUCACGCAGAAUAUCAUGUGUUUCAACAAGUGCUCCAUCAAUGGCAAAUCCUAUGGUGAUGUCUAUGACCUGGCUGGUCAAAGGAUAGAAAUAAAUGAGAAAACAGAGAAGGUUGAUUUCUCGUACAACCAGUUAGCCGACCCAAAGUUUGUCUUCUAUGACCACAGCCUGGUUGAAGCAGUGAAGCUCAAUGAUGCCCCUACACAUAUGUUCUUCCGACUGCUCUCACUUUGCCAUACAGUGAUGCCAGAAGAGAAGGAGGAAGGUAACUUGGUGUAUCAAGCCCAGUCUCCCGACGAGGGAGCCCUUGUGACUGCUGCCAGAAACUUUGGGUUUGUUUUUCGGGCUCGUACACCAGAGACCAUCACUGUUGUGGAAAUGGGAGAAACAAAAAUCUACAAGCUGCUGGCUAUUCUUGAUUUCAACAAUGUGCGCAAGCGAAUGUCUGUUAUUGUGCAGAGUCCAGAAGGUGACUUGACUUUGUACUGCAAGGGAGCUGACACCAUUCUUUAUGAAUUACUUCAUUCAUCCUGUGAUGCUCUCAAAGAGGAGACAACAGAACACCUGAAUGAGUUUGCUGGUGAAGGUUUGAGGACACUUGUUGUGGCCUAUAAAAACUUGGACGAAAAAUAUUUUGAGAACUGGAUCAGGCGUCACCAUGCAGCAAGCACUGCCUUGGAAGGAAGGGAAGAUAAAUUGUCGGAGCUGUAUGAAGAGAUUGAGAAAGAUUUAAUGCUUCUAGGUGCCACAGCGAUUGAGGACAAGUUACAAGACGGAGUCCCACAGACGAUUGAGACUCUUGCCAAAGCCAGCAUUAAGAUAUGGGUUCUCACUGGAGACAAACAAGAAACUGCAGUGAAUAUUGGUUAUUCCUGCAACUUGCUGAAUGAUGACAUGGCAGAUGUUUUCAUUAUUGAAGGCAGCACAUCUGACGCUGUACUUAAUGAACUCAGGAAUGCAAGGGAAAAGAUGAAGCCAGAAUCCUUUCUGGACACGGAUGAAAUUAACAUUAAGUUUGAAAAAUCUUCCAAGAAAGCAAAACUUCUCCCUGAUGAACAAGCAAAUGGGGUCUACGGUCUUGUUAUCAAUGGCCAUAGCUUGGCCUAUGCACUGGAAGGGAAUCUGGAGCUGGAGCUGGUGAGAACAGCCUGCAUGUGCAAAGUGGUCAUCUGCUGCCGGGUGACUCCGCUGCAGAAGGCCCAGGUGGUGGAGCUGGUGAAGAAGUACAAGAAGGCUGUGACCCUGGCUAUCGGAGAUGGAGCCAACGAUGUCAGUAUGAUCAAAACUGCCCACAUUGGGGUUGGCAUCAGUGGCCAGGAGGGGAUGCAGGCGGUCUUGUCCAGUGACUUCUCCUUUGCCCAGUUCCGUUACCUCCAGCGCCUGCUCUUAGUCCACGGCCGGUGGUCCUACAUCCGCAUGUGCAAGUUCCUCAAAUACUUCUUCUAUAAGAAUUUUGCCUUCACAUUGGUGCAUUUCUGGUAUGGUUUCUUCUCUGGCUUCUCAGCACAGACUGUAUAUGAUGAGUGGUUCAUUACGCUUUACAAUUUGAUAUAUACCUCCCUCCCAGUGCUGGGAAUGAGCCUCUUUGAUCAGGAUGUAGAUGAUCGCUGGAGUAUGUUAUUUCCUCAGCUCUAUGUGCCAGGACAGCAAAACCUCUACUUCAACAAAAUAGUGUUUGUCAACUGCGUGUUGCAUGGGAUCUACAGUUCCCUCAUCCUCUUCUUCAUCCCAUAUGGGGCAAUGUACAACUCAAUGAGAAGCGACGGGAAAGCUAUUGCUGACUAUCAGUCCUUUGCGCUAGUGGCCCAGACCUGCCUGCUGAUUGUGGUGUCUGCACAGAUUGGCUUGGACACCGCGUACUGGACAGUUGUGAACCAGUUCUUCAUCUGGGGCAGCCUUUCUGUUUACUUUGCCAUCACCUUCACCAUGUACAGCGACGGCAUGUACCUGAUGCUCACCCCCUCAUUCCCCUUUGUUGGUACGGCUCGAAACACCCUCAGCCAACCAAAUGUGUGGCUAGCAAUCUUCCUCAGCAUCAUCCUCUGUGUGCUGCCUGUAGUUGGCUAUCGUUUCCUGAAGACUCAGUUAAAGCCCACUCCCAGCGAUAAAGUCCUACUCAAGAUCAAAGAAGCCAAGAAGAGGCCACCUCCCCCAUCGCCCAAGAGGCGCCUGCGUCGGACCAGCACCCGCCGCUCUGGCUACGCCUUCUCCCACCAGCAUGGUUUCGGAGCGCUCAUUAUGUCUGGAAGGAACAUGCGGCCAAAAUCACCUUUUGCUACAACGGGAACAUUCUCACCUAAUAGUGACAAACACAAGCACAAGGGACUGUAAAAACCAAGCAAACAAAAAAACCUACAAGCCUAAAGGGCUGUCAGGAAAGGAGAGUGUGCUUCCUGCAAAGCACCGAGCCAGUGGCUCCUCAGAGCUCUGCCCUGUGGGCUACCAAAGCAAGGACUUGGACCUUUCCUUUUACCCACUUGCAGUUUCCAACUGCAGCUUCUGUUCCAAAGAUAUAUGCUGCUCCUAAGGAAGUAAGGGAGGAGUGGGGAGGGCAGGCUGAAUUAAAGCUGUUUUGUAUUCCAGAAGGCCUCCCUGGAACAAGGGAGAGAACAUGCUGUGGGAGGCUCCUUCACUCACCAAGAUUGUUUAUGAUGCCAUUUUCUUUCCCCCUUUAACUAAAUACCUCAGAACAAAGUGAAGUUUAGGCUGAGGAACAGACAGAAUUGGUGAUGUCUUUUUCAUUUACAUUCCUGCCUUGGUUUCCGUCAUAAAUUCAUUCCGGACCAUAUUCCUGGGCUGAGAAUAUUGACCCCAGGUGUGCCUUAGGUCCAGCCAUACAACCCCCCAAACCUAAUCUUUGUAAUAUGUGUAAUUUUGUAGCCUUUUGACUAUAAUGUACAAAAGCACUUCGGAAAAGGAGUUGCAAAUAACCUCCUUCCGAAAUAAUGGUUAAUCCAGUGUUUCAGAAGGUGGACAGUGCCACAAGCGCAACCCUAUUCCUGCAUCUGCAGUCUGGAGGUGCUGCAAAUGCCUAGUUGAUCAAGGCACAAGGUCUUGGUAAUCAUGAGUCUGCCCUGUAUCUGUAAUGCAAGUCUGCUCUUGCUGUCAAUGAUCAUUGCCAGAGCCAUCUCAGGUGUUGUAGCUGGGUGCCAGCCAUUUCCUUCAGACUUAAAAUAGGAGAGCAAAAGAAUUUCAGGCUCCUGUAGAUCAAGCCAUAACAUGUAGCCUGGAGGAAUCUAUAUGUUAGCUAGGACUCAGCUGGGAGUCUUCAGCAUCAGGUGCCUUUUCUCAUCGUAACACACUGAGGCAGCAUCUGUUUUCUGAGGCACCUGCUCAUCUGGCCUGAUGGAAGUUACAACAGAAAUAGCAGGGGGACAGAUGCGAUUUCACUGCUGGUGCAGGGUGUCCUGCCCUUUACUCUGCCAGUGCUGUUGGUCAGUGCAACAGAUGAAGCGUGAUCUGGGGAUCACACCUCCCCUGAUGACCAGUGUGGUCAGGUUUCAGAGAAGCUUAGCGAGGACUCCGGGGCCUCAGCAGAGUGUCUCUGUGGUGAUGUUUUAUUCAAAAAGGUUCAUGUAUCCAUCAUCAGUUCCAGAGAGCAGGAGGCUCCACCAAAUCCUAUCAAUCAGACUGCCAGCAGAGGGACCUAGCCAUAGCCAAAGACAUAGUGAUGUUGAGAGACUGGGGCUUGCUUGCUGCUUUAUUACACACUAUGAUAACUUUAGCAUCAGUGAGACUACUCGGGGGAAAGCCAGAAUGAGAACCUGUCUUGCUAGUGCUGCCGAACUGUCUAAAAGGAGCUUUUCCUUUGUGCAGCCUUUGUUGUUACACUUUCACAGCUCCUUUAGAGAAGUUUAGACUCUCUCCGCAUUUUGGUUUGGGAUUUUUGCACACUAACCAUCUGAUAUUUAUUGCGAGUUCUCUGCCUUGAGUCUCUGAGCUAUCAGUGGAGGCAAUAUGUCAUGGCAACAGUCCAGACAUGUUCCUGUUUCAUCUGGUCUGCGUGUAACACCUAACCUGCUGCCUGGGGUCUUAGUUUCAGCAGUUACUGUGUAUUUUUUUUUAAAGCUCUAAUAAGAGGUUUCAUCUGCCUGGAUAUAACUCAGAACAGAAAAAAAUGGUCUGUUGCACCUGCUCCUUUGUGAGACUGUAGUAAUAGAGGCUGCAAAGUGUAGUAUUAAAUUUCAGUAUAGCCAGUGCAAAUUAGACCUGGGCCUGGAUCCAGAUUUCAGCAGCCUGGAGCUGCUUGCUGGGGAAGGAACAAAUUCUAACCCAGUGAUCUCUCCUGCAAGGAUGUAUCUAAACAAAUGGAGAGUUUACACCCUGACUGAGAAAACCCCACUGUGAUUACUGAUGCACUUCACCUCCAUCUGAUUUUCAAGCCGUGUUACAGAGACAGUCGUAGCUUUCUGGUUAGUAUAGUGCCUUUCACAGUCAGCCUCCAAGGGGCUGGAAGAUGAAAGGAGGAUUUAGGCAGGUGAACAGAUACCCCCACAGUAGCCAGGUUGACCUGAGGGCUGACAGACCUCUCAAAGCUAUUGCAAGGAUAUAAAGUGGUGGACUGUGAUGCUGAGCAGUAGAGGCAGACCUUUUCCUAACAGAGCAAGGAAAACUCUGGGAUUGUAUCACACUUGCACGUGGUUUACAAGCAUGGCACUUGGCUGGCCUCCUGGCUGAAGGCGACUUGCA